AUGUUUGAAGAAGAAUUGAAAUUUAUGCGUAAUUUGAGCAAACGUCAGUUUGCUCAACAAGUUUUGAAUUUCCUUAUGAUUGUUUCUUCCGCGUUAAUUGUAUGGAAAGCUAUGGCACUUUAUACUAAUAGUGAAAGUCCUAUUGUAGUUGUAUUGAGUGGAAGUAUGGAACCAGCUUUCUAUAGAGGUGAUUUGUUAUUUUUAGGAAUGCCCGAUGAACCAGUUAAAAUUGGAGAUAUAUGUGUUUUCAAAAUUCCUGGUAGGGAUGUUCCAAUUGUACAUCGAGUAAUAAAAGUUCAUGAUGAGACAGAAACAGGUAAACAAUUCAUUCUUACAAAAGGUGAUAAUAAUCAAGUAGAUGAUCGAGGAUUAUAUGAUCAUGGUCAAAUGUGGAUUCAUAAAGAACACAUAAUUGGUAAAGUGAAAGGAUUCUUACCGCAUAUUGGAAUUAUAACUAUACUUAUGAAUGAUUAUCCUUCUUUGAAAUAUGUUUUGAUUGGUGUUCUUGGAUUAUAUGUUUUAUUUAGUAGAGAAUGA